CAGAGUGCCUGGUCCCUCAUCAUGCUGGUGACAGGAGGACUGACUACUUUGAUGGAAUUCAUCCAGAUUUUCUCUACGAUCCUCAGUAUAUUUGUUAUAUCUGCUCAACUGUAUCUACGCAUGACACAUCCAAACAUCAAAAGACCAUUUAAGGCUAACCUUGUGAUGGCUGUGACUGUAUUGGCCAUCAAUGUUGUUCUGCUAAUCAUGUGUGUGAUUGCUGCACCUGCAAGAAUAGGACUUGGUCUUGGACUGGAGUAUGGUUCACAGGUAUUCCUGUGUAUCUGGUGUUUGUGGAAUGGACGUCCAAACCCAAAAGAUUCAAGAAUUUCAUAGGUG